GCUCAAAACUCUUCCAAUACAUUACAUUACUUCAUCAACAUUAAUCAAAAUUAAUUCUAGCUAAUCAUGGACAUGAUUACAAGGAUGGUAAGUGAUAAACCUGUGGUGAUAUUCAGCAAGAGCACAUGUUGUUUGAGCCACUCCAUUAUGACAUUGAUACGAAGCUUUGGUGCAAACCCAAUUGUUUAUGAGCUUGAUGAGAUAACAAAUGGGACACAGAUUGAAAGAGCACUGAUUCAGCUAAGGUACCAACCAAGUGUACCAGCUGUGUUUAUUGGCCAACAAUUCAUUGGUGGCUCUAAAAGAAUCAUGACCCUUCAUCUUCGGAAUGAGUUAGUACCUAUGCUCAUGAAUGCCGGAGCUAUAUGGAUUUAAUUUGAAUCAAAUCAAAGAUAGCUGUUUGUUACUGAUUUCUACAUGCACGUAU